UUAUAGACAAUGCCUUUAACAUUGAACAAAAUUAAAAGAAAAAACAAAAAAGUUAAACCAGAGCCUCUCUCCCUGAUAAUCUAUCUCAGCUUCUUGGGUCAUAUCAUCUCUCUCUUACUUAUUGCAGUUCAUAGCCUCAAAGCUGAUUCCUCUAAUCAAAUCAAUUCAGUUCACGACUUCUCAGUCUUCGCACGUACUCUCUUUGUUUCACGUGUCAAGCUCAACAACCCGACUCUUCACUGUUCUUCUCACUUUUAUUAUUGCCAAAUCUCUAUAUGUUCGCAUAGUUGCAGGCCUCAAAACAAAACCACCCAAAGCUAGAUAAUUAGCUAAAGUAGUCCCAAAUUAUCCCUUCUACUUCUGUGGAUUGAAAGGGGAAAAAAAGAAAAACACUAGCGAGUAGUACGAACCUGCAGCUAAUAGAGAGAUGGAAAAUGGCGGGAACACGUUCAUUAGUAUUCACAGCAACGGUAGCAGAGGGCAGUCUAGUAAUAACAACAACAACAAUCUUGGUUGGGAUAACGUGUGGGCGCUUAAUCAUUCUAGAUUCGAUUGGGUUAAUAGCAGUAGCUUAUACGCCACCGCCACUACCACCGGAGAGACUGUUCCCACCGCUCAACCAGAAGAAAAUACAACCCACGCGCUCAUAUUUCCUCACUGUUUACAAAACCACCAUCCACACCAGUCUCUAUAUGCCGGUGACGGAUCCCACCUGCACCCUGAUCCACAUCUUAUGUGCUUGAAGUUGGGCAAGAGGCACUACUUCGAGGAUGCUACCCCACCGGCUGAGCGACACGUAGCAGGAUUAUCUGUGGUCAAGAGAGGUAAACCCUACUACAACCUUGGUGGUGUGGGUCCGUCGUCUUCUCCCACUGUGAUCGGGUCAACGGCGACGGUGCCUACGUGUCAAGUUGAGGGAUGCCAUGUCACUCUUGCCAACGCCAAAGACUAUCACAGAAGGCAUAAAGUUUGUGAGAUGCACUCAAAGGCUCCCAAGGUGGUGGUUUUAGGGUUAGAACAGCGCUUCUGUCAACAGUGUAGCAGGUUUCAUGUGAUGUCAGAGUUUGACGACUCGAAGAGGAGUUGCAGAAGGAGAUUGGCAGGUCACAACGAGCGUAGAAGAAAGAGCUCUCACGAUUCUGUUUCCCGGAACUCUUCUCAAGGUAAUUAUUUUAUUGUGUUUGUGUUUAGUUUUUUAUUCUUCUUUUCUGCCAUAAGUUGCAUGUGACAUUAUUAUAUUACUAGGAAAAUGGUACACGGCAUUUCAGUUCUGCUUUUCGUUGAUGUUUAAUUGUUUAUUGCUUUCUUUCUUGGGAUAUUCAGCUUUUCUUCUGAUAAACUUGUUCCAAGUUUUUUCUUUCUCUUUUUAUUUCCUCCGAUUACGCAUUCGGAAACUGUGCGUUUAUCACCUCGACAUUAUAAAACCUGCCCAGUUAUUAUCAUAUUAAAUU